GCAGCUACGUGGAGGAUACCAUUCGCGCUCCUCCAGGCUACAAAACACGGCACAAACGUGUUAGAACGCUAAGGCCAUAUCUACUCCUUCUUUUUUUCCUCUCCCUCCAACCUCGUGCGGAACGAGGAACGCACACAUACAAGACCGGAAACAAAACCAAAGACAGGAGAGAAGAAAAGCAGGCACCGCCGCCGCCACCACCGCACGCGUCCAUCUUCACAACUUCACUUGAAUUUAGUGCUUUUGUUCUUCACAUCUUUCCUAUUUGCGUUAUUUAUCAUCACAUCCACCGCAGCGGUAAGCCAGGGCAAUGGGACAGAAAGGUUCGCGAUGGGUUUCGGCCGUUGCACCGACGAGUGCGGAGGAGGCGCAGAAAGGGGUCGACCUCGGCGAGCGCGUCUCCCUCGAGGCGCACAACGCGGCAGUGAUCGGCGCCGGCGUGGCAGGCGUGCACGUGGCCUACGAACUGGCCAACAUGGGCUUUAAAGUCACAGUGUUCGAGCGUCGCGACGACAUUGCAGGAGGCGAGACUCAGUACUCGCUUCCUUUUGUCGGAGUGGGGCUGGUGGAGCCGACCCUCGCACGCGCCACUUUGCGCUCUGAGAUUUUGCGCAGCGUGUUGUUCCCUGCCGCCUGCCCCGACCUUAUCGCGCGUGAGCAUCUCUUUCACACCGUCCUGAACCCCGUGAUGUAUCGCUGGAUGUGGGGCCGCCUCUGCAGCUGCUUCUCUGACCAGGAGGUCUUGCAGUACACGAACAACCUGUCCCGAGUGAGUCACACGGUGGUGCGCGAUCUCGUGAACAAGUACCCACAACUGCAGAAGCACGUUUUUGCCGGUCCGGUGACCGUGCUGAACGAAAAGAAAGAAACCGCGGCAACGGCGCACAGCGAGCCUUUCAUGGUCGACCCUGUCGGGUGGACGCGCGCCAUGGCGAACAUCUGCCGCUCGCAGCUCGGCGUGGAGUUCGCGCUGGGCGUGCGCUUGGAAGACACCAACACGUACCUGAAGUAUGACGUAGAGUCGAUGAAGAGCAUUCGCGUCUCCAAGCUCGACCCCCUCAACCCAAACCAGCGCGUCUUUGCGAACGAGAUGUACGAUGUGGUGGUGCUCGCCGCGGGCUCCAGCACCGGCACCAUUACACUGCCAAACUCACGCCUCCCCAUCUUAGGCCUGAGCGGACUCUCCGCCGUGGUGCAGCAGCCAGCGGGCGAGCUGAAGGACGCGCUGUGGUCGCUGUUUCAGCGUCGGCCGCCGGCACCCCGUCGCGGUGCGGAUGCGGAUGUUUCUUCUAUCGCCGACCCCACUACGACUGCCGUUGCCGCUGCAGGGGCCGCCUCUUCUCGGUCGCGACCAGCCCCUGGCACGCUGGCCUUGCUGAGCUCGAAGUGCAGUCUGUACGCUUACACCUGGCCAGGCGCCACUACCGCCAACGCAGAUGCGUGCGGCGCAACUUCCCUGGUGCAAUCCAAGGUGAUGCCGACUGCGCAGGACUACGUAGUGCAGGGUCUUCUAUCGCUGGACAGCACAUUCAAGUCCCGCAGCGACUCCAUCGUGACGCAGCAGUUGGAGCGUCUUGAGUCCUAUAUUCGUAUCAAGUGCGGCGCGACGGUGCCACUGUGCUCAUCCACACCGGCAGAGGCCGACAAGACGUGUGCGCACGCUGACGGUGACAACAACAGCAGCCACACAAGCUGCACCAAGCACAACAACAUCCACAUGAGCGAGUACGUGCGGGCUUUCACGCCGGAUGGGGUGCCGCUCGUUGACCAUAACGGUGGCGCCUUCAACUGCUUUGUCUGUAGCGGAUUUGGUGACCACGCGAUGGACUUUGCGCCGGGUGCGGCCAAGGUGCUCGGGAAGCUGGUGGAGCACCAGGCACAGCGGUUGCGUGAAGAGGACAUCGAAAACGUCAAGACGUGGGGGGUGCUGGCUUCGAAGCUGACCCCGAGCCGUCGAGCAGAGGUCGAGUCGGAGCUACAGGCCCUCUUCAACGGUGUUGUGCCGCGGGAAGCAAACGAAGGGAAAGAUGGUUCGUUGUCGGCUGCCACUCUUGCGGCAGACCUUACCGCGGCGCCGCAGGAGCCGACGCUCAAGUUUGAGAUGAACCCUUUCAGCACCAACCGCUUUACAGGACUUGUGCGCAAGGAAGUGAAAAAUGUGACGACGCCGUCGUGGCUGGAGCAGCUCUACGCCUUCGAAGAUCGACUUCAGGCCCGCAUCGAGCCCUAUCGUGUCGGCCUCCACCACAGGAUGAUGGACUUCGCGGAAAGGGACAACGUGCCGGAUGCGCUGCGCACCAUCAUCUUUUGUUACUUUUACGACGAAAGCGACGACCCCGACGCGGUGUCGCGCAAGUUGGCGCUCCGCGACGAGAUACGCCAACUCGCCGAGAAGUACGAAGCGCCCGCAAGCACGCAGGACGGUGUUGCCGGUCUCACGCCCGCGGAGCGUAGCCAGAGGAAACAGGCGGAGGCGGAGCGUCAGACUCGUGAACUCUUUUCCAAGCCGUGA